GGAUCUGCCUUCGGGGGCGUGUCCAUUCUAGGCGGAGAGAGCCAGCCCUUCACAGACCCAAGAGGGCAUUAUUGCGCAUGCGCGGGGAGGAGCCGCGGGGCACGCCGGGAGCAGGUUGUCUCCCCCAUGGCUGCUGAUGAAGCAACCAUCACAGUUCGCCUCAUCCGUUCAUUUGAACAUCGAAAUUUCAAACCGGUAGUAUAUCAUGGAGUUAACUUGGACCAAACUGUGAAGGAAUUUAUAGCAUUUCUAAAGCAAGAUGUCCCUUUGAGGACCGGCUUGCCACCACCACUCAGAAAUUACAAAUAUGAUACACUAAAGAUUCUUCAUCAAGCUCACAAAGCAAAGACAAAUGAGCUUGUGUUGGGUUUGGAGGACGACGACACACUCCUGCUACAGGAAGACAGAACCCUGAAGGACUCAGGAAUAGGGUCAGCCUGGGCUACAUGAGACAUCUACAAGAGAGAGACACAGAGACACACAGAGACAGAGAGACACAGUGAGUGUCUGUCUCCCUCCCAAAGGGCUGUAUCUGCCUCUUCGGGUGAUUUCUCUGCCUGGAAGUUCCCUGCAUGCCAGAGGCAAUUCUGUGUCUUGUGAGGACUUUUUUUUUUUGUCAUCCAGAAAACAAAGCACUAUUCUGAUUAUCUACCACAGAAAAGGUAGGUGCCCUCACUGUCAUCUGUUUCCCUUUGAACUGUCCCUGGAAAGCUGGGCAGAGAGCUCAGCAGUGGCUCUAGAACUGCACAUUUACCACAGCUUCCCUCGCUUGCCUUAAAGCAAAGUUCCUUGUUUAGAAGUGACCUAGAAGUGAACUUGUGGUGACAUUUAAAAUCAUACAAAUUACAAAAGGCAAA